AACGUUCCAGGAAGUUAGCUAAAAGAAGAAAUGCUUCAAGAAUAUAUUAGCGCAUCAGAAGCAUUAUGGGCUAUUUUAGAUGAAACUACAGGGAUUCGCCCGAUUGUGCACAAACAUGAAAUCACGGAAGUGCCCCAGGAACGAACCUCGCCUGGCAAAACCUCCACUUCAAAAUCAUCCAGCAGUAUCAAACCUUUGAAUAUUGUAGAGUGUGGACAUGACUGUCAUACUACCUACCUCGAUGGACAUCUACCGCCUCUACCAGGUUCAGACCCUGGAAAGAAGCAUCUGCCAAAAACCGAGCACAAGAUGAAUUGGAAUAAAUCGCAUCAUAAGGCACAGCUUGUAUUGUCGGACGUAUCGGAUGAGGAAGAAGAGGGAAUAUUCUUAGAUCCAGAAGUAGAUCCCUGGGCUGAAGCGGAUCUUUCGUGGAGUGACGAGGCGCCGACUCUUAAGAAACUUUACAUGUCGCAGCGGCAGUGGCCACGCAAGAAGAGAACAGCAUCGCAAAUGGACUUCAGUAAAGAGUCCAUACUAGGAUAUUUCCGCACAUUACGAUUGCAUGAUAGGAAGAUAGGAUACAUUGACAGGGACAUCAUGAAGAUGCGAAAUUUGGAGGAGUUGAGUUUAACUGGAAAUUGGAUCGAUCAUGUAAAUAGUCUCCCGACAAGGUUACAAAUACUGCAUCUGAAUGCUAACCGACUGUCAAAGUGCCCGAAUGUCUCGGCCCUUCAGCAAUUGGUCCACCUUGGUAUUGGGUAUAACUCUAUUGCCAGUUUUUUGGAUGUUGAACUUCGCCCCGAGUCACCGCCCAAAUCGUCUUCUGCAAACCCACGUCCCAGAAAACUUUCGCCUUUGUCUGGUUCAAAACCCAGUACAACUUUGGGUUGGUUGCCACCGAGCUUGAAGUCAUUAGACGCCAGCUGGAAUGCUAUAUCCGAUUUAAACGAGACACUUGAAGUUCUUGAGCAACUACCCUCGCUAAAGAUUCUGGCACUUACGGGAAAUCCAGCUUUUCUUCUUCCCAAAUAUCGAGCGUCCGCAAUUUCGCGCCUUCCAGGGCUUGUUUCAUUAGAUGAUACAUGGGUGACCGCCGAAGAGAGGACCACGUCGCUUAGGAUAGUUCGGGAGGACGCACGCGACGAAGUGUGUAUAUCAUUCGGUAUUCAUACUCUUACCGGGUUCUCUAUACCGGAAUCGGUUAUACCCGAGGAUCCAAAGCAGCCACUGGACGAGUACACUUUCCAGCUACGAAUUGUACUUGAAAGGUUCAAUGGCUAUGCGAUAUCCACCCCCGCUGUAUCCCCCCCGCAGCGUGUCCACCAGCCACCAGAUAAGCCGCAUAAAUCCGGUAAGGGGAAAGGUGGAGACGUGCAACCACCCGAGCCGGAAGUUCAUCUUGUAGACUUUGCCUUCGUGCAAGAGAUUGAAUUUCCCAUCGGAAAGCAGCUUCGGGAUGCUCUGUGGGAUGGGGUAACUGUCAUACUCAGCCGCAAUAGAGUUGCCUACGUCAGGAAGGAUGACCUCGCACCUGACGAGAACGACACCAGUACCCGGCCUGAUAGUUCAGCCGCUACCUCUAGACGUCCUUCCCUGUCAGGUAAAAAAGGAGGGAGCCAAGCUGGAAGAAAACCUGCCAAGGCUGCAAAAGGGAGGAAGGGCGCCAAAGAAGAUGAAGCAGCGAACUGGAGGCCAGUAAUAGCCGAGAGAACUGACAUUGGUCUUUGCCGUGUGUCCACGAAACCCUUUCUCGAUGGAGAGAACGUCAUUGAACAGGAGUGCGAUCUAACGAUUCCGGUGAAAGACUCCCAUUCUCCUACAUCGUCCACCGUUGUGGGAACAGUACAUCUAUCGUUCCGCUUGAAUCCGCUGACGGAGGAGAGGGCAGGCGGCCCAAGUGAUGAAAACGAUGCGCCUGACGGAGUACGCUUAGGUCAUGGCCAUGAGAGUACUGAAGAAGAAUAGAUGUCUAAAUCUCUUGAUUCAAAAUCUGUGGCAGGAACUGCAUAGACCGGUAUAUUCUCUGUAAGGCCAGCCAAACUAUUGUCGACGGGAUUAUAUGUAUCCCUCUACCUAAUGUACUUAAUCGGAUGCACAACUUCGUCUGGC